AUGUCAAGCCUUACAAUGACGAAAAAUAAGCAACACAAAUACCCUUUGCGGACCACGUUCGCCACCCUUAGCAGAAGAUUUAAGAACAGAAACAAAAUGAAAAGGGACGUCCGCACUGUGGUCCUGCAGAAAGGAAACUCCGGAUUAGGGUUUAACAUCGUAGGCGGCGAGGAUGGUGAGGGUAUCUUUAUUUCCUUUAUUUUGGCCGGCGGACCCGCAGACCUGUGCGGCGAGCUCAAGAGGGGCGACCAGAUACUCAGCGUUAACGGGGUGAAUUUAAGAAACGCCACUCAUGAGGAGGCCGCCCAGGCCCUCAAGGUAAAGGGUUCGAGCAGCACAGUUAACAUUGUGGUCCAAUACAGGCCGGAAGAAUACAAUCGUUUCGAAGCCAAAAUACAUGAUUUAAAACAACAAAUGGCCAAUCCUGCUGUGUCGACUGGAACAUUGCUAAGAACAUCACAAAAACGAUCUCUAUAUGUCAGAGCUUUGUUUGACUACGAUCCGCAAAAGGACGAUGGUUUGCCAAGCCGAGGUUUGGCUUUCCAAUAUGGCGAUAUUCUGCACGUCACCAAUGCAAGUGAUGAUGAAUGGUGGCAGGCAAGGCGUGUACUUAAUACUGGAGAAGAACAGGGUAUGGGAAUUAUUCCCUCUAAAAGGCGCUGGGAGAGAAAGCAGCGUGCUAGAGAUAGAUCUGUUAAAUUCCAGGGACAUAUGCCUAAUAUACUAGAAAAGCAAUCAACAUUAGAUAGAAAAAAGAAACUUACCUUCAGUAGAAAGUUCCCCUUUAUGAAGAGCAAAGAUGACAAAUCCGAAGACGGUUCAGACCAAGAACUAUCCCCCUCUACCACCCCUACCCCUAACUCUGCUAAUGAAAAAGAACAAAAUCCUUCAUCAUUUAUGCUCUGCUACACUCAGGAGGACGCCAAUACCGAAGGUGAAAUAUUAUAUCGCGUUGAGCUACCUUAUAUGGAAGAAGUAACGUUAAUUUAUCUGGAGAAUAAUGAUAGUAAUGAUGACAGCAACGAUGAAUGUGUUUUGUCCUAUGAACCGGUGCAGCAAAUGCAGAUUAGCUAUACCCGACCCGUUAUUAUUUUGGGUCCCAUGAAAGACAGGGUUAACGAUGAUUUGAUUUCGGAAUUUCCAGAGAAAUUUGGCAGCUGCGUUCCACAUACUACUCGUCCGAAGCGCGAGUAUGAGGUUGACGCUAGAGAUUACCAUUUCGUAGCGUCCAGGGAGCAAAUGGAGAAGGACAUCCAGAAUCACUUGUUCAUUGAGGCGGGUCAGUACAACGACAAUUUGUACGGCACGUCCGUCUCAUCGGUAAGAGAGGUGGCGGAAAAAGGCAAACAUUGCAUACUGGACGUGAGCGGUAACGCAAUUAAAAGAUUACAAGUGGCACAGCUUUAUCCAAUCGCCAUUUUUCUGAAGCCGAAAUCCGUCGAUUCCAUUAUGGAAAUGAACAAGAGGAUGACCGAGGAUCAGGCCAAAAAAAACUUAUGAAAGGGCUUUAAAAAUGGAAGUAGAAUUUGGCGAAUAUUUUACAGCUGUUGUGCAAGCCGACACACCAGAAGAAUUUUACGCUCAAAUAAAAGAGGUAAUCGAUGAACAAUCGGGACCAAACAUUUGGGUGCCGGCAAAGGAAAAGCUAUGA